AUGCUUCGACUGGGGCUCGUCUUGUUUACAGUCGUUUUUGUUAGUCAUUGUUCACCUCUUAGUUUAAAACAUGGUACGAUAAUAGAGAGAUUGAAAAGAUCGCCAUAUUACUGCGAUCCACAGCCAGCUCCACCUCCGCCACCGCCACCCGAUCGACCUCAUUGGCCACCACCACCGCCACCCUAUCGACCACAUUGGCCACCUCCGCCGCCGCCUGUACCACGAGCAUAUUGGCCACCUCCACCACCUCCGCCGCCGCGACCACCGCCACCACCACCCACAAUCUGGCACCAUCAACACCACCGUCACCACGAACCAAGUCUGCCAGAAGGACCAGGACCCUCGUACCAACAAUACAACGAUGGACAAAAUGAAUCCCCUAAAGAACCUUGUGAUAAUUGUAAAGGUGAAAAUUCAGCAAUCAGUAAUGCAAAAAGCGUCAAUGGAGACGCUAUAGCCAUCUCAAUUUCAAGAACACACGCGAAUAAAUAGAAUGUUUACAUACAUAACUUUUAAAGAUAUUAGAUUAUGUGUAU